AGUCAGCCCCUACUGCUGUCUGUGUAACAUGAGAGCUGUCAGGAUAGAUCUAAAGAAAGCAAAUCGUGUCCCUUCAUCUCUCAGAGCCAAAACCCAACACGGAACAGACCUCAUCUAGCUCAGGGACAGCACGUAGAAUGCUUCACAACAUCUUCAUAACUACGUCCACAUAGCUACAGCGUGGACCUCUGCGAAAAGUGGAGUGCACAGCCUUAAAUGGGAAUAAGUGAUUGGUGCUUUUACUCCCGAUGAUCAGGAGACAAAAAGAGUGCAUUUUCUAUUGUUUUUGUAUUUUUUUUUUUUUACUUUUGGAUGUACAAGAUUAAUCUGUGUCAACAAAAAGAAUUCUUCUGGUUCCAAAAUCCCCCAUCCACCAUCUCUCCCGGGAUAGCCCUGUGUUUAGUAAAUCUGUUAUGGAUCUAAUAAGGGUUUCGCUCAUUUUUCUUUUUCUUUACUGUGAUCCUUCCUGCAAAGGUUCUACUGUCCCGGCUGUGGAGUCCAGGAAGGUUCCAAGCCAGCCCUCAAUCCAGGCAGCUCAACCUGUCACCCAGAACCCAACAGACUUUGGGAAAGAAUCCUUGGAAGAUGAAGCAGAAAAUCAAGAGAACAUUCUGUCCCAGUUACUUGGCGACUAUGACAAGGUGAAGGCGAUAUCUGAAGGAUCUAACUGUAAGUGCAAGUGUGUGGUCAAACCUCUGAACCGCGACUCUUGUGAAAGGGCCAGUAAUGGACAGGCACAGUCAGAGGACUUCUAUACAGUCGAAACUAUUACAUCAGGACCAGACUGCAAGUGCUCAUGUAUCGCUCCACCGUCCGCACUCAACCCCUGCGAGGGGGACUUCCGUCUAAGGAAACUUCGAGAAACAGAGAAAAAUGGCUUCAAGUUAUCGACCAUAAUUGAGAUGCUGGAAGGGGCUUUUUAUGGGCUAGACCUGCUGAAGCUGCAUACCGUAACCACGAAGAUUUCCAGUCGCGUAGAGAAGCUUGAAGAGGUGAUAUCAAAGAACCUCACCAAAGAACAAGCACAAAUCAAAGACAGUGUGGACGAAAUUCUGACAGAGAUGCAAAAGAAAGAAAAAGAAAAUUGCACUAAAACAGUUGAUAAUAAUCUCCCCGACAUCGGAAAGACUCUGCAGCGAGAUGCAGCAGCAGUGUAUACUCGUAAACAUGACAAAUAUGAGGAAAGAUUCCUUAGAGAUGAACAAGCAAAAGAAGAAAGCCCAAAACCACGAGCUCGUGCACCAUCCCAGGAAGUAAAGAGGAGGCCGUUAUCUCAAAGACAAAUUGAGGGGCGGCCAAAACCAGCACCAAAGCCACCUGUUGCCAGAGGGGUGACAUUUUACAAGGCCAAAGUCAUGGAAGAUGACAGCGACCUAGAAGACCAACCAGAGGAUGAAUUGUUCAGUGGCGAUAACGCAAUAGAUAUGUUGAUUGAAGAUCAUCUGAUAAAGCACAAAAUGAACUAUCCUAGCAACACUGAAGAACCUGUUGCAUCAAGGAAGCCUUUGACGUCCAAUUAUAUUGAACUAGAAACCCCAAUAAUUAAAACCAAACUGUCUAGCGUGGAGCCCAUGGGAUCAUUUCCAACCUCUACUUCCUACUCACCAUCUAUUGUUACAACCAAUGCUCCAACGAUGGAUACAGAACAAACUUUACAAGUAACUACAGAACAAAUGACAACUGCCCAAACACCAGCUAGUACCACCACCGUGGUCACAACUAAUAUAUUGACAACAAGCCUUGAUGAACGUACAGAGCCCUUAUCUACUACAAAGACAAUCACCACCACUGACUCUGUUCAUACAGACACCGUCACCCCCAUUAAGCCACAGGAAACCUCUACCAGAGCAAAACUACAAAAAACUACUAGAGGAAUCCAGAACGUUGAUGACAACAAAGAAGAUGACGACGAUCUCAGAAAAGUUAUCGGCCGAUGCAAAGACACGCUGUCUACCAUUUCUGGACCUACAACUCAAAACACCUAUGGGCGGAAUGAAGGAGCGUGGAUGAAGGAUCCACUUGCAAAAGAUGAUAAAAUCUAUGUUACGAACUACUAUUACGGUAACACGUUGGUAGAGUUUCGGAACUUGGACAACUUCAAACAAGGCCGCUGGAGCAACUCUUAUAAACUGCCUUACAGUUGGAUCGGUACCGGUCACGUUGUGUACAACGGUUCUUUCUACUACAACAGGGCAUUUACCCGAAAUAUUAUCAAGUACGACUUGAAACAACGGUAUGUGGCAGCCUGGUCCAUGCUCCACGAUGUGGUUUAUGAAGAAUCCACCCCAUGGAGAUGGAGAGGCCAUUCUGACAUAGACUUUGCCAUUGACGAGAAUGGGUUGUGGGUCAUUUACCCAGCUAUUGAUGAUGAAGGGUUCCAACAAGACGUUAUUGUCCUUAGUAAACUGAACUCUAUAGAUCUCACCACCCAGAAAGAGACUACGUGGAGAACCGGGCUGCGGAAGGAUUUUUACGGCAACUGCUUUGUCAUCUGUGGAGUACUUUACGCUGUGGACAGCUACAAUAAAAAGAAUGCUAACAUAUCCUACGCGUUUGACACCCAUACAAACACUCAGAUCGUUCCAAGAUUGCUGUUCGAGAAUGAAUACUCUUACACAACACAAAUCGAUUACAAUCCAAAGGAUCGUUUACUGUACGCCUGGGACAAUGGCCAUCAGGUUACAUAUUACGUCAUCUUUGCGUACUGAGCAGAAGGGGCAGCUGGAGCUUUGCCAUAAAUAAAAAAAACGAAAAAAAACCCGAGGCAUUGCUGUGUCUCUAGGUAUUACUAUGAGGAGACAAACUUGAAGUUCUCGUCUGGUUAUACGAAUGCAAAAAAAAAAAAAAAAUCUAAAAAAGAGUGAGUUUUUUUUAAUUUGAGACCUUACACAUUCCAUCCGAGAAACUCUAUGAAAUGCCAUUAAUUACCAGAAUUUCCAUACGGCGGUAUUAAACGGUUGUUGCUUCA